GCGCAGUGUUAGUGUCCUGAGCUUUAUCAAUGUGGGGCAUUGAACAGUGGAUGUGAACGACUGCAGAGAUCUCUUAUAAUACCAAUCAAGUUUGUUCUCUUCAGAUCAAGUUUAAUUCCAGACCCGGAUUGAGUGUGGACAGACUGCACAUCAUGACGAGCAGCUCGAAGCGGAAAGAGGAGGUCCACGUGCUAAAUGGAGGAGUCAAGCAGUCCACAUGGAGCAAAGCUAUCAGCUGUAAAGCAGUGUGGGAAGAAAAGGAUGAGUUUUUAGACGUGGUCUACUGGUUUCGUCAGAUCAUCGCUAUCAUACUGGGCGUAAUAUGGGGUGUUGCGCCACUGAAAGGGUUUCUGGGUAUUGCAAUAUUCUGUGUGAUCAACGCAGGUGUUCUGUAUGUGUACUUCAGCAGUUUUCAGCAGGUGGAUGAGGAGGAGUAUGGAGGGACAUGGGAGCUCACUAAAGAAGGAUUCAUGACUUCAUUUGCUUUGUUUCUGGUGGUUUGGAUAAUAUUCUACACGGCGCUACACUACAACUGAGAACACACCUGAAACCCGUAAUCCUGGAGAGACAAUGAUGGACAUUUUAUUUAAUGUGAUGUGGAAGGGCUGGAGUGAGCUACUUUUCAAGGCAUCUGUGUAUGUGACCAGUAGCAUGUUUGGGCCUUGAGGAACAGCUGCAUUGUGGGUACACGUUCAUAACCUUGUUGAAUCCAGGGCUCAUUGAAUUUUAAGCUAAUGUUGUCCAGUGCACUGCCACGGCUAAUGGGUUGAUAAUGUUAUUUCUGAGUUUCCUCUUUUUCUUGUUUGAAUGCUGUCGUAUCAAACACAAUUUAACUUAAUUUGAUGUUUUUUUGGUUUGUUUGUUUCACAAUUAGCUUACAACACACAUUGUCUUACUCUGUUAUGACCAGUAAAUCAAAUAGCAGCGUGUAAAUUCUGUACAAUUUCAUUUUAUCAGAUCCGUAAUGUAUUAAUGUAUUUUUUAUGUCUUGUCAGUGUAACACUUCUCAGUAUUUUAUAGUGUAUUCAUGGAAAUGCGGAUGUUCUGAACGCUUGUUAUGAUUAAUAAGAUAUAAAUGAGGCUGUAGAGAGACUAUUUUCUGGCUGAGAUGUUUUGGAGAGUAAAAUUAAACAUGGGCAUUGUCUGCCCCACACUUUUCAAACGAUGUUCUGAUGGACUCAAUAAUUUUAUCCAUUUACUAUAUUUGUAAAACUGCACUUGAAAGAUUCUUUGGUUUGUUUUAUGACUGUAUUUAGAGAAAUCCCUGUCUCCAAAUGACUUUUAUAUAUCACCCAUAAUGCAUAAAUUUGGCGUUUGCAUUCAAUAUUUGAUCAAGGGUGGUUCCUUAUGUUAGUUUUUAUUCACAUUGAACAUUUAUUAACCAACAACUGAACUCUGAAGUCAUGUUCAGAGUGUGUUGGAUACUUGAAUUCCUUUCAGUCUGAUAUAAACAUCUAUGACAAAAAAAAACAUGCAGUUUAUUCUGUAUGCAUUACUGCAUGGAAGUAUUUGCUACUGCUUUACAGUACAAUUAUUAGCUAACAUUGCAUAUAGGCAAACUUUUAAACUGUAAACAUAAUACAGAAAUAUCCUCUGCUCAAUAAAGUUACAUUGAUAAGUAACAUUAUUACACUAAUUCAGCUAAAAGGGAUAGUUGACCCAAAAAUGAAAAUUCUCUCAUCAUUUACUCACCCUCAUGCCAUGCCAGAUGUGUCUUUCUUUCAUCUGCUGAACACAAAGAUUUUUUAGAAGAAUAUAUCAACUCUGUAGGUCCAGACAUUGAAGCUCCAAAAAGCACAUAAAGGCAGCAUAAAAGUAAUCCAUGAGACUCCAGUGGUUUAAUCAAUAUUUUCUGAAGCAAUCCAGUCGGUUCGCUUCAUGGUAAUGAAUUCCUAGUGCUUGACGCAUGCGCAGAGUGCUAGAUGACGCUAGGAAGUGUAAUUGAGCCGCUGUCAAGAUGUACAGUGAAAAAAAGAAUUGAUAUUUUGGUCUGUUCUCACCCAAAACCGAUUAGAUCGCUUCAGAGGACAUGAAUUAAACCACUGGAGUUGUAUGGAUUACUUUUAUGCUGCCUUUAUGUGCUUUUUGGAGCUUCAAAAUUAUUAUUAUUAUUUUUUGUAGCUGAACAUGCAUUGAAGCCUGAACGUUCCUUUGAUUACAAAAAAAUCUAACAAAUAAAAACCACUGUAAAUCACUUUUCAAAUUAUACUGUUUUAUACGUUUUUUACACGUACAGGUGCAUCUCAAUAAAUUAGAAUGUUGUGGAAAAGUUCAUUUAUUUCAGUAAUUCAACUCAAAUUGUGAAACUCGUGUAUUAAAUAAAUUCAAUGCACACAGA